UUCGGGGCGCGGAGGAGCCGCGAUGGCGCCGCGGGAGCUGCUGGCGCUGCUGGGCACAGCCCUGCUCACCUGGGGGCUGGACCUGGAGACCCCCCAGGUGUUCCCGGGGACCCCCGGCAGCGGCUUCGGCGCCAGCGUGGCCCAGUUUGGAGCGGAGCCGGCGGAUGGCUCUUGGUUGGAGCCCCCCGGCCGGGAACGGCUCCGGAGCCGCCUUCGGCUGCGCCUUCGGCUCGGGAACGUGCCGGGAGCUGCGGGCGCCAGGGCCCCCCGGAGCCGUCUCCUCCGCGCUGGGGCUGGCGCUGGCGGCCGGAGAGGACUCGGCGCUGGCGGAAUCGGGGCCGGGGACCCCGAAAUUUCCUCGUCCAGGUGUGCGGCCCCCAUCGUCCCCCAGGUGUGCGGGGUCAACGUCCACCUCAACGGCUUCUGCGUCCAGCUGGACACCGCGCUCCGGCCGGUCCGGAGCCUCCCGGCCGCCUUCCCAGCGUGUCCGAAGCCCUCGAUGGACAUCGCCUUCCUGAUGGACGGCUCGGGCAGCAUCGCCCAGCACGACUUCCAGACCAUGAAGACCUUCAUCGCCGAGGUGAUGCGGCGCUUCCGGGACGACGACGCGCAGUUCUCCCUCACCCAGUUCUCCCACACCAUCCAAGACCACUUUGACUUCAAGACCUUCCGGAAGUUUCCGGACCCCGCGCGGCUCCUGCGGAACGUCCGGCAGCUCACCGGCGCCACCUACACGGCCACGGCCAUCCAGAGCGUCCUGCAGAAGAUGUUCGUGGCCGGGCGCGGCGCUCGGGCCGGCGCGCGGCGCAUCCUGAUCGUGGUGACCGACGGCGAGCGCUUCGGCGACCCCCUGGACUACCCGGACGUGCUGCCGCUGGCCGAAGCCAUGGCGGUCACUCGCUACGCCAUCGGGGUGGGCAGCGCGUUCGCGCGGCCGGAGGCGCAGCGGGAGCUGCAGGUGAUCUCCUCGGGCCCCGCCCACCUGUUCCGCGUCGACAACUUCGAGGCGCUGAGCGGCAUCCAGAGCCAGCUGCGCCAGAAGAUCUUCGCCAUCGAGGGCACAAGCCCCGCCCACAGCAGCUCCUUCCAGCUGGAGAUGGCGCAGGAGGGGUUCAGCGCAACGGUCAGCGCGGCCGGGCCUGUCCUGGGCGCCGUCGGUGCCUUCGGUUGGGCCGGGGGCGCCUUCGCCUACGGGGGAGGGGCGCGCACCUUCCUCAACGGCUCCGGAGCGCACCUGGGCACACCUGGGCAGCACCUGGGCACACCUGGAGAGCACCUGGGCACACCUGGGCAGCACCUGGGCACACCUGGAGAACACCUGGGCACACCUGGAGAG